AGGCAGUUUAUAAUUUGAACAUUUUAGAUAGGCUAUGUAGACGAUAUAUUACUGUCCCGCAUGUUCAUUGCAGGCUACAUUGCAGGCUAGGUAGGCAUAUAGGCAACAUUACUGUCCCGCAUGUUCAUUGCAGACUAUGUAGGCAUAUAGGCUACAUUACUAUUCCGCAUGUUCAUUGCAUUGACGUUGGUCUCAGUAGCCUACUUCCUUAAAAGCGUCGAUACUUUGGGAGCUAUGUUGAGAGGUGAGCACAAGAGUUUGUCCUCCGCACACAGUGGACAAAAGUGAAUUGUAGCUGUAUGGAACUCAGUGCAUGCUGUUGUAGCUACUCUCCGCGGUUAAAAGAUUAACAACCUGCUCGACACUCAACCUUAUAUAAAUGUAGAUCGGGUGCUGAAUCCUCGUAUGUAAAUCCAAAGAACAAAAUCCUCCUCUCCGCCAUAUACAGGACAGACGAAACACGGAUUCAAUUUAUCGUCUCCUGUUUAAGAUUAUUUUCUAAACGGAAACCAUCUGUCGGGCUUCAGCAAUAAGCAAUUGGUUGGGUGUUCAGAGGCAUUACUAGAUCCAUUAGCUACCGCACCCUUCUCGUUCGUAAAUCCGACAGACUCAUGCCAGAGUUCGCUCCACGGUGAAGCAAGCCGCACCACAUGCCUUCAAUGCUUUCGGUUUUUGCAACCUUUCAGUGGAGUGAAUGAGAGAUCUCUUAUCGAGUCCAGAAGAACGAGCGUCUGACAAUCAGAUAUUUUUUUGUAACGGUAUUAAUACGAUAUAUCAAGAUUUGCACCGUUCGAAGAUCCCUUAUUUUUUCCUCUUUCCUGUGAUUUUUAACCUCCACUACAGCCAGUCUGCGUUGGGACUUUUCUUGUGUUGUUUAAUAUGCCUCUGGUGAAAGUUAUGAGUGCUCCAACAAAGGGACUGCUCUACGGCUUUUACUGCACUGUACGGUAGAUGAAUGCGGAGAGUGGAAGCGUUGUAACUCGAGGCGGGGUUAAAGUUCAGCUCUAUGCAGCGAUGAAGCGUUCGUUGCAGUUCGCAGAGUUGGAAAUGUGAAAGCAAGAAGCAAGCUUUAUUUUUCUCUCUCCCUUCUCUCUGUCUCUCCUUUUUUCCCUUUUCACACACACGGACACAGCCACCACGCAUACACGAGCAGACACGGACACACACUCACACACAUAAACACGCAGACCCGUCACAGCAACCAAAACACACACACAUACACUCACACAUACGCACACACGCAUACAUACACCCUCCAAAUCCAAGAUUAGAUACAACAGACAUGUAUUCUCCACUAUGCCUAACACAGGAUGAGUUCCAUCCUUUCAUCGAAGCUCUGCUGCCCCACGUGCGAGCGUUUGCCUACACAUGGUUCAACUUGCAGGCCCGCAAGAGAAAGUACUUCAAGAAGCAUGAGAAGCGCAUGUCUAAGGAAGAGGAGCGCGCGGUCAAGGAUGAGCUGCUCAGCGAGAAGCCUGAGGUCAAGCAGAAGUGGGCAUCACGCCUCUUGGCCAAGCUCCGCAAGGACAUCCGGCCAGAGUUCCGGGAGGAUUUUGUGCUCACGGUCACCGGGAAGAAGCCCCCGUGCUGCGUGCUGUCCAACCCCGACCAGAAGGGUAAGAUGAGGAGGAUCGACUGCCUGCGUCAGGCUGACAAAGUCUGGAGGUUGGAUCUGGUCAUGGUCAUUUUAUUCAAAGGUAUUCCCCUCGAAAGUACUGAUGGCGAAAGGCUGGUAAAGUCCCCACAGUGCUCGAACCCAGGGCUGUGUGUGCAGCCUCAUCACAUUGGAGUUUCUGUGAAGGAGCUUGACCUCUACUUGGCCUACUUUGUUCACGCAGAUGGCCAGUCAGAGAGUCCCAACCAGCAGAGUGAGUCUGAUAUCAAGGAGCAGCCUGAGAACGGACAUCUUGGCUUCCAAGACAGCUUUGUCACAUCGGGUGUCUUCAGUGUGGCCGAGCUCGUGCGAGUCUCACAGACCCCCAUCGCAGCUGGGACGGGUCCUAACUUCUCGCUGGCCGACCUGGACAGCUCCUCCUACUACAGCAUGAGCCCUGGGGCAAUGAGGCGACCCUUACCCAGCACCUCCUCCAGCAGCUCGGCCAAGAGGAUCAAGUGUAUGGAGGACGAGGUGGACAGUCCAGGAGAAGAGUCCUACUAUCCAGGUCAAGGGCGCUCCCCGGGCAGCGGCAGCCAGGCCAGCAGCUGGCACGAAGUGGAAACUGCUGGAUAUAAACUGCGUGGCUCGCUAGCUAGUUCGUUCAUCUCAAGACAAGCGAGUCCUCACGCCACGCCGUCGAGCCUCCACUUCCCCACGUCGCCCAUCAUCCAGCAGCCCGGCUCCUACUUCUCCCACCCGGCCAUCCGUUACCACCCCCAGGAGAGCCUCAAGGAGUUUGUCCAACUUGUCUGCCCCGACUCAGGCCAGCAGGGAGGACAGGUGGGCUUCCUUAAUCCUAAUGGUAGCAGUCAGGGGAAGGUCCACAACCCAUUCCUGCCCACCCCCAUGCUGCCCCCUCCACCUCCGCCCCCCAUGGCACGCCCUGUGCCCCUGCCUGUGCCAGACUCCAAACCUCCUUCCACCUCCACUGAGGGAGGGGGCAACUCCCCCACCUCGCCAACCUACUCCACACCGAGCACGUCCCCAGCCCAGCGCUUCAUCAGUGUGGGCCCCCGAGACCCCAGCUUUGUAAAUAUCCCUCAGCAGCCCCAGUGGUACCUGGGCUAGGGACUCCAGACCCCCUAGCAGCCUGCUGGACAGCCCACUGGACAGAUCGCUGGACAGCCCACUGGACAGAUCGCUGGACCCCCUACUUUCUCCCCUGAGUGCGACCUAACCUGAAACCCUGCAAACGUGCUCACCUGUUUGACAGAGAGAAGCCCAACCCCUCAAAUCUGUCACUGCAUGGCUACAACAGACCACCCCGCCAUCUCCCAUCCCCCAAAAACAAGAGCAGAGCUACUGACUGCUUACACACGUACAUACUAUAUAUCUAUACAGCCCAUAUAUACCCUCAUUCAUAUGGUUCAUAUGUCUAUAUUCAUAUAUAGUACCAGUCCCCCCAGUUGUCUAUUGGAUGUGCUAGCUGGAGCUCCAAGAGAGAGCUAGCAUAUGGAUGUGCUAGCUGGAGCUCCAAGAGAGAGCUAGUGUAUGGAUGUGCUAGCUGGAGCUCCAAGAGAGAGCUAGUGUAUGGAUGUGCUAGCUGGAGCUCCAAGAGAGAGCUAGCAUAUGGAUGUGCUAGCUGGAGCUCCAAGAGAGAGCUAGCAUAUGGAUGUGCUAGCUGGAGCUCCAAGAGAGAGCUAGUGUAUGGAUGUGCUAGCUGGAGCUCCAAGAGAGAGCUAGUGUAUGGAUGUGCUAGCUGGAGCUCCAAGAGAGAGCUAGUGUAUGGAUGUGCUAGCUGGAGCUCCAAGAGAGAGCUAGCGUAUGUUUCCUGGUACACGUUGUGUUUGUUUAUUUUUGUAUUUCUUCUCGUCGUCCCCACUUUGCCGCAGAGGGGGGAGACAUCACCUGACUAAAUAAAAGAGCUUCCCUCAACCCUUCGUUGCCGUAGCCGACCUGUGGAGAAGGUCCGGCACAGAGACCUAAGAGUCCCGUGUACAUGUGUGUAUAAAGCUCUGCUGGCGUCACACAUGAAACGAGAGGAAGAUCAGAGCUCUUGUUUCUUUUGUUCUAUGGUUGUUACCGGACUCUGUUUUCGGUUCAGUGGCUCACGGAGGUAGAGGUUUUUAGCUGGGUCAGAAACCAACCAGUUAAUAACUCUCAGUCUCCCCACCCUACCCCAAACCAGACCUACCCAGCACCCACCCUGAGGAGGGACACUCCCCCACAGCCAAGAGUCUGAAGGUCUUCACCCCACCACGGGGCUUUUCCAGGGACAUCAGUGCAGCUGAAAGACCAUGCAGAGGAGAACAACCAACACUAUGAACUCACAGGGGACCAGAGAGGGGAUGGGGUAUUCAUGUUUAAUAUCGGUCAAUCAGGUGACAUAUUGAAACUGGUUUAAAGCCUGCAACAAGAAGAGAAGUAUUUCAAUGAAAAGCUUGUGAGAAAACCUCUGACUGGGAGGCUUGUUCAUGUUACAUUUUUGUAUAGAGGUCAUUUCAGUUCAAACUAACGGUUUUACAAUGCUAUACAAUGCAAAAGGGCGAAGGUCUUUAAUCCUACAAACUGACUGGAGACAUCUAUCUAUCGUGAACAGUGGAAUAUUGAAUUGAGGACAGUGCAAUUUCGUUGGAUAGUGGUUGGAUAAUUAAAUAUCUUUGUAGGAUAUGUCGUUAAAAUAGUUGAAAAUCAUAUAUUUUUCUUCCUAGUCCAUUCACACCUCUAAAAUAUCGGGGUACAAAAAAAGUCAACUAGCACGAUGGUCUGGUGAGAAAAUAACAGAUGUAUUGAGCUUUUGUUGUCUUUUAUUUGUUUGUUUGUUCAUCUUGUAAAUUUGCUAGUAUCAUAGAAUGUAAAAAAUGUAAAUCCCUUUUAGAAAUAUUGUAAUUUUAAACAAUCCAUUUUAAAGCAUUUCUUGCAGCUUUGAAUCUAGUCUGCUAUUAAUUUUAAAAAAGCAAAGUGAUUAACUUAUUUUAAGAAAGCACUUGAUUAGUAGUUGAAAUUUCUCAUGAGGCAAAAUCAAGAACAUACAAUGCGAACAAAUAUCAAAAACAUAAAUCUCUACUUUCGCUUGAAAAGAUCAUCUAAUACCGGGCAUCCAAGUUCUGGUUUGCCUGUUUGAUUGGCUAGGCCUUCUCUAAGCAUUGUCCAAUCAGAAGCACUUGUUCCUGCAGUUGGUUUAUGGGCUGGGAGUCUAAUCAGAGGAUUGUAGUUGAGUGAGAAAGAGUGACCAUUUGUGUUGAAAACACAUUGAUAUCUACAUCAAGGCAAGAUUGCAACCAGACGGCGAAGCUUUUCAGUUGCUUCGCAUGCAACUUACCAUUUUAUUGAAGUUUUGUUUUUCUUUCCUAUACUAUAUAUAUAUAUA